ACACAGCAGAGACAUGCAUUGAGGUUAAUUACCCACAUGUUUUUAUAUGAGGCUCUAAAGCAAUAUAUUCAACCAUGCGUAUUUAUGCGGUCUUUUAAGGUUCGUUUGUAACAUCAUAAGUUCCUCUACAGACAAUCAAGAAUCAAUUAUGCUUACAAGCUGUUAUCAGUUGACACAAACCAGAUCUCUCGUCUUUAACAGUUUCGUAUAAAGUAAGGCACCACUCAGAAUGUAUUUUAACACCCCUGAAAACUAGUGAUUGAAACUUACAGCGAGAAAGUCUGCGUUAAAGAGUCUAGAAAAGAAAUGGAGACAUACCUUACUGGAGCCCUGAACGACACCGACUACGCUAAUGUUGCGGCUGAAAUUUGUGCUUUAAAUACAGGAUUGGGGAACCCCACGGUUAAUGAUGAAAACUUGCAUAACAACAUUAGAUCAUCUGAUCGAGAUGUGGUGUGGGGAGUUACAGGUCUCCACACACUCGCGAAUUUGUCUAACCUCCUGGAUAGCAUACCCAAUACAUCAGGGGUUCUAAGAAAUAACGAGAACGGGAUCUGUGCUACGGCUACUCGACACAACGAUGGUAGAUCUGGGAUACGCAAACCACUCUCGGAUUUGUCUAUCCUGGUGGAUAAUAUACCCCACACGACACUGGGUGGCCAUGGAUCACACAAAAGACAGAGAUCCAUUCAGGCCGAGAUUCACACACCAAGGGGCCCGCAUACAACUUUACGAAAUACUGAUGCAAAGAGACAACGAACGGUUCGGAGUGUGUCCCCCGUUUUGAAUGACAGAGUCAUCGCAAGCGAUAAUGUAGGACCAUUGGAGUCUGACGCUAGAACAUCUGGUCAAGGGUCGAGCACACAUGACAUAGUAGAGAGCUUUGUAGAUUGGGAUGAGGAUCUGUUUAUCGCAUGGGACGCUUGUGAUUUUGAACUACCUACACCGGUGCAAUCACCAUCAGCGUCCAUGAAUGUACAAGGAACAACUGUGGCUUCCGAACAGACCCCAGAGUUAGGGGUGAAUCACAUAAACCAAGAAGACAACAAUUCUGAGGAUACAGAAUUGUCCCCAUAUGUUUUGACCCAGAACCUCGAUGUUCAAAGAACCGUGGAUUCCGAACAGACCAUCGCUGUGAUACAACUAAAUCGAGAAGAGGUUGGUUCUGAGGAUACAGAAUUGUUCCCAUAUGUUUUGACCCAGAACCUCGAUGUUCAAAGAAUCGUGGAUUCCGAACAGGACCCGGAGUCACUGCCUGGUAAUCAACAGGCCUAUAGAAACAAACUUGUGGCUGAUGAACAGGUCACGGACAGCACAGGAAAUGAAGUGACUCCAGAAGAGCUCAAAGACUUUUUGCAUUAUGUAUGGCACGAAUAUGUACAGUUUAAGCAGUUUGUAGUCGAUGGUUUUGCAAUCCAGGAUACAGAGCGAAGAAAACUGUUGGGGUUAAUCGCCGAAAUUAUCACUCUGUUAAAAAACCCGACUUUGUAAGUGACAAAGCCGUUUUAAACUUAUACCGUUGAGUGUUCUCAAUACCAGAUACAACGGGAAAAUUUUCAAUGUUUAUAUAAUCCGGUUUAUACAUGUUUUUUGAUACCUUGUUGGUGUUUCUUAUACUCAAUAUUAAUAUUAUGAUUUGUUUUUUACUGAUUUUUUUUUUAUUAUCUGAACUAUUGCUUGUUAUUUGUGAUAUAAUGUUUGAAAACAUUAAUAAAAACCCCGCAAAUAUCUUCUUAAGAUGAUUACGCAUUGUUUAAUUAUUGUGGCUUGCUGUACCAAACCAUUCUCUGAUAUAUCAAGAAUAUUUCCAAAGUAACGAAUGUUAAGAUAUUCAUGACCAGGGGUCUAUCCACAGAUUGCACCACAAUGUUUUAAGUGUUGGUUGCGUGCAUGCUACGCAUUCACAAAACAUACAUUUACAUUCAAAACCUAUGGAUUCAAAGACUUAAAGUCAGCAAUUUAUGUCGUUCACAUCAACCGUACCAACAUUUUUAGAAUGUGCAAACUGUUUUACUUCGUUUUAAACAUGUUUGGGUGGUUUCGGUCUAGAUUUUUAUAGAAAACUUCAGAACAUGACACCGUUUUA